CAGACCCAGGCGUCCGCGGCCAGGAGAAGGAAAGGGAGUGGCGCCUCUCCCCUCAUCCUUUCCAAUCUUGCCUUCACCGCCUGCCUCCUCCCCAAGCCUCGCAAAGCCAAGAAGGAGGAGGUGACCACGUCCAUCAUGCUUUCCACCUCUUCCUCCUCCCCGCCCUCCCUCCCGUUCUCCCCUUCCCCUCCCGUCAAUCGGUCCGUCACCUCCAAAACUGUCUUCCAGGCCCGCAUCCGACAGAGUGCGACCAAGCCCCCGGCGGGAGCGAAAACCUUCGGGAUGAGGGAGGACGCCGCUGCUCUCGGCGAGGAAGUGGUCGGUGAGGUGACUGAUGCGGAUGGAGGGAGGGGAAGACGGGGAAGGAGCGGCGGAGAAGAGGGGAGACGGGGGUCUAGGAAAGGUGGACGUGCGGGAGUGGGAAGGCGGAGGAGGGGGAGGAGGAGGAGGGGGAGGAGGAGGAGGAGGAGGAGGAGGAGGGAGGGGGAGGAGGAGCAUGCGAUAGCGGCCAUUGAGAAGAGGAGGGGCGCCCUGGAGGUGGAGGUGGAGGAUACUGCUGCCAUGGUCGAGGGGGUGGUGGUGGACGAGGAGGUGGAAAGACAGAGGGGGGAGGAGGAGGGGGAGGAGGAGGGGAGGGGAAAGAGCGUGCUGGAGGGGCCAAGACUGAUGAUAAAGGGUCGUGGAAUACAAGCGAAGGGCUCGACGAGCUCAACGGGGGGGGCGGAGGCGGUGGAACGGCAUACGUGGGCUUCACAGGAGGCGGGGGAGGGGUUGCGAGGACAGGAGAUAGAGGAUCGCGUGAAGCGGACGUCGCUUGCACAAAGCCUCUGGGCGGAGGGGGAAGGGGAGGAGGGGAGAAGGGAGGACUGUGCGGUGCAGCGCAAAUGGGGUUUUGGCGGUGGAAACAUCUCCUCCGUCGAUGCCGCUAGUGGGAGGUUCCUCUUCCACCCUCCGCCGCUCUUUUUCCUUCCCUUGAUACCCACUCAUGUAUGUGGCCCGGUAACCAAUCGCGUGGUUGUCUUCGACCUAAUACGGCAUGUGUCCACCAUGCUCCCGUACGAGCACGCCUACCCCAUCCGUCGCGUCGCAGUCUCCCCCAACGGACGUUUCUUGCUCACGGUCGACACAGGCGGCUACCUUUUCCUUGGCCAUGUGUCGCGUGGCAUAAUCUUGUGUCGGAUGCGACUCAAGCGUCCCAAUAAGGUACGAGACCUGGUUUUCUCGCCGGAUGGGCAGUUUUUCGCCGUCACCCAGGACCGUCAAUUCCAAGUGUGGCGCACGCCGGGUGCAGCCCGGGAAUUCGCUCCUUUUGUGUUGCACCGGACGUUUGGGUCACAUGGCGACGAGAUAUUGAGCCUGGCUUGGGCCCCCUGUGGGCAGUAUCUGCUUACUGGGUCCAAGGAUUUGACCGUGAGAAUUUGGAGCCUCCACCCUCUGCCUCCGGCGGUCUUCACGCCCGCCACCCUAUCGGGCCACCGGGAUCGGAUCGUCGGCGCCUUCUUUAGUGCGUCUGGCCCCGUGGAAGCCCGGGACCCUCCCCUCCUGUCCGACGGAGGUGCGGGCUCCCCUCCCUCCCUCCCUCCCUCCCUCCCUCCCCCAUCCACUCCCAAAGGGCCCGACACCGUCUGGACCUCCCCCCGGUCCUCGCCCCUCUCCUCCCUCCGCAUCUACUCCAUCGCCCGCGACGGCUUCCUCUACGCGUGGGUGAUCGACCCCAGCACCCAGACCUGGAAAUGCCACGACCGGCACGCCUUUCAAAAAUCCCGGCGGGCCCAUGUGGUGUCUGUGUGUUACCACGCCAUCUCCUCCCCGCUCCCCGCCGCCGCCGCCACGGCCCCCUCCCCCGGCACCGCCCUCCUGGUCGUGGGGUUCUCCGACGGCGUCUUCGGCCUCUACGACCUCCCGACCGGCGCCGUGGUCCACACCCUGUCCGUCUCCUCGGGACAGAUCGGAACGGUCGCCCUGAAUUUGACCGGCGAAUGGCUGGCCUUGGGUUGUGCUCCCCUGGGCCAGCUGUUGGUGUGGGAGUGGCAGUCGGAGACCUAUGUGUUGAAGCAACAAGGACACGCUCAGGCGGUGAACGCGGUCGCCUACUCCCCCGACGGACAAGUGAUGGCCACGGGGGGGGAGGACGCCAAAGUCAAGCUCUGGUCGACUGCCUCUGGCUUCAGUUUCGUCACCUUCACGGCCCAUGACGCCCCUGUCACUGCUCUGGCCUUCCUGGGCUCGGGGCAGGCGGUCUUGUCGGCCUCCUUGGACGGCACGGUUCGGGCGCACGAUUUGUUGCGGUACCGGAACUUUCGCACGUUGACCACCCCCGCCCGACCCAACUCCUCUCCUUGGCCGUCGAUCCCAGCGGGA